UUAUUUUCUUCAACAACACACAUUUCCUUGUAAGGAUCUGAUCUGAUUGUAUUUCCUCUUCCUCACUGAUAACAACAAAGUUCAAGUAAGAGAGAAGCAGAGAGAAUUAAAGUGGUGAUUAUGGGUUCUGAAACUUUUAUUGAAGUGAUAUUAGCAAUCCUUUUACCUCCAGUUGGUGUUUUCCUCCGUUAUGGCUGUGGUAUUGAAUUUUGGAUAGAUCUGCUGCUGACUCUGCUCGGAUACAUUCCUGGGAUCAUAUAUGCCAUAUAUGUACUGGUUGCAUGAUAUGAAUAUUAUUUCUCUUUUAUUCAUAAUAUAGCUUUUAUUAUGUGUUUCUACA